AUGCGGCGCGGCGCGAGCACCCCCUUCUUAAGCACGCGGGUCCCCGCCACCCGCGGCGCGAGCCUCCCUUCUUUCGCACAUGGGGACCCCUGGCACGCGCGGCGCGAGCCCCUGCUACCUGGGUACGUGGAAAGAGUCCCCACAUUUUGCGCGCGCGAGACCGCGCGCGCAGCGCAGAGCGAGCCCCUCCUCCGGGGCACGCGGCGCGGCUCGAGUUCCCCUUCCGGUGCGCUGGAGGCCCCACUUCUUGCGUGCGCGGCAGAAGACCCCCACUUCCGGCGCACGCGGCGCGGCGCGAGGCCCCGGUUCCUGCGCCCGCGGGGUCAUCCCUACCCCGGCACGCACGGCGCGAGCCCGUCCUUUCUGCCCACGCGGCGCGGCGCGAGCCCCCCCUUCUUAAGCGCGCGGGUUCCCGCCACCCGCGACGCGAGCCCCCCUUCCUUUGCACGCGGUGACCCCCGGCACGCGUGGCAUGAGCCCCUGCUUCCUGGCGCGCGCGGGGCCAGCCGACCCAGCGGCACGCGCGACCCCAUUCCUGCCCACGCGGGGCAAGCAUCCCCUUUCCUGCGCGCGCAGCGUGGCUUGAGCAUCCUCGUUACUGCAUGCGCGGGCCAGCCCUCUCCCCGGCACGCGCGGCGUGAGGCCCCCCUCUUCUGGCCCACGCGGCGCGGCGCGGCGCGAGCCCUCCCUUCUUGCGCGCCCGGGGUCUCCCGCCACCCACGGCGCGAGCCCCCCUUUCUGGGCGCCUGGUGCGACCCACCCCUUCUUGAGCGCGCGGGGAUCCGCGGCACGCGCGGCGCGAGCCUCCACUUCCUGCCCGCGCGCUGUGGCGCGAGCCCUCCAGCUCCUGCGCGCGCGGGGUCAGCCCUCCCCCCGGGCACGCGCGACGCGACUCCCCUCCCCUUCUUGCCCACGCGGCGCGGCGCGAGCCACCCCCUUCUUGCGCGACCUGGGGUCCCCUUCCACCUGGGGCACGAGCCCCACUUUCUGCGCGCGCUGGGCCAGCCCUCCACACGGCGCGAGCCCCUCCUUUCGUGCACGCGCGGCGCGGCGCGGCGCGCACCGGGCCAGCCUUCCCAUCGGCGAGCGCGGCGCGAGACACCCCCCCCCCACUCCUGCGCACGCGGCGCCGCGCCAGCCCUCAUUUCCUGCGCGCGUGGUGCUGCACAAGCCCCCCCGGUUGCUGCGCGCGCGGCUCCAGCACCCCCUUUCCUGGGCACGCCGGCCAGCCAUACCCCCGGCACGCGCGGCGCCAGCCCCUCUUCCUGCCCGCAAGGCGCAGCGCGAGACACCGCUUCCUGGGGGCGUGGCGCGAGCCGCUCCCUUCUUGCGCGGGCGGGGCCCCCCCAGGACUGGUGCCCUUCCCCGCACUGGCAGGGUUCCCCAGUUGAGGGCUGUGUUUCCUCAACUCCCAAGAAGGGGGUCCCCACCCACGGGCCGUGUGUCCUCAACCGCGUAAGGAGAGGUCCCCACUCGCCGGCCGCGGGCCUCAACGGGGCAGGCAGGGGUCCCGACCCGUGGUGCGCACGCCCAGGAAAACACAGAGACGGGUCCCAACUCGCGGGCCUGGCAUCCUCACCGGGAUACACAGGGGGCCGCACCCGCGUGCCGUGCGCCCUUAACUGCGCACGCAGUGUUCCCCACUACUGGACUGUUCGCCCUCAACCGCACACUGAGGGGUCUGCACCUGCGAGCCGACCACCCUUAACCGCGCACAGAGGCGUCCCCACGCUCGGGCAGCGCGCCCUUACGCACACGGAGGGCUUCUCAGCGGCGGGCCGUGGGCCUUCCACCGCUCACGCAGUGGUCCCCACUCGCAGGCCGCGCGCCCUCGAGCACACACAGAGGGCUCCCAAUGCCCGGGCCACGCACCAUCAACCGCGCUCAAAUAGGUCCUCAAGGCUGUGCGCGCUUCCUCAACUGCACACCAAGGAUGCCCCACCUGUGGGCUCUGCGCCCUCAACCGCGCACGGAGUGGUCCUCACCACAAGGCUGUGCGCCCUCCACGCCCAGGAAGGGCGUCCCCACUCGCCGGCCAUGGGCCCUCAACUGCGCACGGAAGGGGUCCCCACUCGCGGGCAGCGCGCCCUCAACUGGGCACGGAGGUACCCGAUCCCUGAAAAAUGCAGGGAUGGGUCCCUACUGGUCGGUCUGACGCCCUAA